AUGGUUGUCAAACCCACCGUGAAGUUUGGUUAUUUUGACAAUGCCCCACGAGUUUCGGGGACGCCUGAACCAUGUGCUGCUAGGAAUGCAGCUCGGAUUAAAGUGGUAUCUCCGAGACCUGCGAGGAUUGCAACUCAGAUUGAAGUGUUAUCUCUGAGACCUGUGAGGAAUGCAGCUCGAAUUGAAGUGGUAUCUCCGAGGCCUGCGAGGAUUGCGGCUCAGAUUGAAGUGUUACCUUUGAGACCUGCGAGAAAUGCGACUCGCUCAAGUAUUUCUAGCAUACUUUGUCCCAUGAGUCAUAGAGAUAUCUGGACCGUGGGAGCGAGAAUUGCGAAUCAGGUUGAUUGGAUGUCUCCUGAGUUCAGCGAGGAUUACAGGGCAGGACGUGUCACCACAGUGGCACGAGGAAUAGAUAGUAAUUUAGGGUUUGAUGGAAUCAAAUAA